CUCUGGAGUGUCGCGCGUGGCGCUGGUGACCUUGGGAGAGUUGUACUCUGGUCUGCAGAAAGGUAUGGACCAGGAGAUGGAAGCUACUGCCAAGGUCCUCCUCCACAAAGCAGGAGAGUCCAAUGCUUUUAUUAGGCAGGAUGUGGACACAGCCCUGGACUGCAUGGUGCAGAACUGCACCCCCACCCGAAGCAUGAAUGCUCUUCUCGCUGGAGGACUCAGUCAUUUGAAUGCUGCAGUAAGAAAGUGCACUUCUCAGCAUUUGGCUACUUUGAUAGAAAAGAUUGGCGCUGACCGCUUAUUGUCUGGGACAAAAGGUGUGACUAAUCGAAUUCUACCUGCAGUCUCCAAAUUGGCGCAAGACUCUUCCCAAGAAACCAGGUACUUUGGUCGCCGCAUGCUACUGUUCCUGUCGUCUCAUCACGACUUUGAUAAGAUGGUGGAAAAGUACAUCCCUACCAAAGACCUGCCCACCAUCAGGGCCACUGUCCUCACUCUGAAAUCCAAGGUCCCGGGUGAGAAGCCUCAGGAUACCCCUUCAGCUCGAGGCAGGCGCUAUAUCCCUUGCGGUGGAAUGAGCAAAGAUGCCAGCAAAGCACAGGUCCACAGCAUUGCAGACAAGACCAAGUACAUCAAACAGCUUAAAUACACAGACAGGACAAGGUCCAGGUGUGGGAUCCUCCCAACUGUACGUGGCGGGCCAAACCACAUGACUCGCGGGAGAUGA